UAAAUGAGGACGUUACAUCAUCAUCAGCAGCAGCAGCAGAAGCAGCAUCAGCACCACUCUGACCAGCAGCUCCGCUCUCUGCACCAGAAGCGAAUCCCAGGUCAAACCCGCCACCAGGACCGAGCACAGACCACUGGAGACCCUCAGCUGGAAGCUGUUCUGACCUAAACCCGGCGUGUUUUCUGUCCAAGCCGCUGCUGUCUCCGUCCACCAUGGUGAAACUGGGAAACAAUUUCAGCGAGAAGAACAACGGCAAGGUGUGCGAGGACGGCUUCGACACCAUUCCUCUCAUCACACCUCUGGACGCCAGCCAGCUGCAGUUCCCCGCCACGGAGAAGGUGGUGGUGAAGACCAAGGCUGAAUAUGAGGAGAACAAGAAAGGAAAGCUGCGCUCCCCCAAAAUGGCAGAGUUCUCCAUCAGCAUCAUCGAAGGUGUUUCCGAGCGAGUCAAAGUGACCCUGCUGGUGAUCUGCGCUCUGGCCUUCCUGGUGUGUGUGGUGUUUCUCAUCGUCUACAAGAUCUACCAGUAUGAGCAGCCUUGUCCCGACAGCUUCGUCUACAUGCAGGGUCGCUGCAUGCCGGCGGGGAUGUACGGAAACUUCCCUCCUCAAGGGCCCACGGGUCGCGGGCGCCUCUUCACCCUCAUCAACCACUACAACAUUGCGAAGCAGACCAUCACUCGCUCCGUCUCCCCCUGGAUGACCAUCAUGUCGGAGGAGAAGGUGACCCAGCAGGAGACAGAGACGGCGCAGAAGCUGGCCUGAGCACCACGGGUCGCCCCCCCGCCUCUGGCCAAAUAAAUAAAAGCAUGCUCUGCCAUUCAAGCGAUGCCUCGCUUCCUGUGGCCUCACGUCACCUCUCACUACUGAGCGGCCGCCUUGUUGCUCCGGUUUGGUCAGCUGAGCCGGCGACUGAGGUCCACAGUCAGCUGACUCAUGGCUUGUUUGAACAGCGUAUGUUGUUAUUUAUUUUGACACCACUGAGAAGCCAAGAGCAUACUGACACACACACACACACACACACUAUGGUGAACUCACUUUGGGGGCCCUCUUAUUGCCAUCACCCUUUCCCCAGCCUCUCACCCGAAACCGAACCAUCCAACAAACAUGGCUAACCUGAACCAGGACUCUGCAGCAAACUGACCCAGCUAUUUUGACGUUUUAACCCUCAAAUGGAAGCUUAUUGAAUUGGGGACACCAAAUGCUUAUAGUCUGAAAAAUGUC